AGCUGUGUUAAUUGGAGUUUGAAAUGUUGCUGUAAAUGAUUCAAGAUGGCUGAAGCCUUCGAGUUCCCACCCAGUGAAUCAAAUCGGAGAGCAGCUCAUCAAGUGUUUUGCUGCAAAGCAGAGUUUUUGCUGAUUUAGAGUAGUAGAUUGUGAUGCUUCGUUUGCUCUUCAGUGCGCGAAGGAGAUGGUUCCCAACGGUCCAAUAUAGUCGCCUGCUAGUGAUUGGGGCCAAUUUUCAUGGUCCGCCAAUCCCCGUCUCUUUCUGGAUUCCUACUUUUGUUUUGUCUAUUGACAUUUCUGCUUCUGCGAUACGACGAGGCGAAGACUCUUCAAAUCUCUCCAAAACCCUUACCGUAAUGGCGGACUUUCCGAUUGGAUUCAGCUAAACUGAACCCAAAAAUGUCGAGGACCCAUCUCGGCCUCAGAAUCCGGUGAUUUUUCCUUCGUUCUCUCCUGUUUACUUCUUCUUUCUCUCCCGAUUUUCCGGGGAAAAAGUCAACCUGGGGAAAGGAAAAGAGAGAGAAUAUUUGAUGGGUUUUAUCCCGAAUCAACGAGUACAAAGCCCGGGUGAUGUUUUGCCCAGUUCCAGUGGAGGUGGUUCUUCUUCGAGUAACAAUUCCAAUUCCAGGAAGCGAUGGACCAAUUUGAUGCCACUGGUCGUCGUGCUCGUGGUUGUGGCGGAGAUCGUGUUUCUGGGUCGACUCGACAUGGCCAAGAAUGCCGCCCUCUUGGCCGACUCGUUCUAUCAGUUUACUUUCUCGCCGGCGCCGCCGGUUGCGGCGGCGGGUGGAGGGGGCCGUUCGGGCUAUCGGCUGGGUGUCGAUCGGAGCUCCGAAGUAGGUAGUUGUGAGGAGUGGUUGGAGAGGAAAGACAAUCUGGAGUAUUCUAGGGAUUUUGACAAGGAACCCGUCUUCGUUACUGGUGGUGAACAGGAUUGGAAGUCUUGUGCUGUUGGAUGUAAGUUUGGAUUUGAUCCCAACAGGCAACCUGAUGCUGCUUUUGGGCUACCUCGGCAACCUGGGACAGCUAGUGUGCUGCGAUCUAUGGAAUCAGCCCAAUACUAUUCUGAAAACAAUGUUCCUCUUGCACGACGGAGGGGAUAUAGUGUUGUAAUGACUACUAGUCUCUCAUCAGAUGUCCCUGUUGGGUAUUUCUCUUGGGCUGAGUAUGAUAUUAUGGCCCCAGUAAAACCAAAGACUGAAAAAGCUUUGGCAGCAGCUUUCAUUUCCAAUUGUGGCGCUCGCAACUUUCGCUUGCAAGCUCUUGAAGCACUUGAAAGGGAAGGCAUUGAGAUAGAUUCUUAUGGUGGUUGUCAUCGCAACCGUGAUGGAAGAGUGGACAAAGUGGAAACUCUGAGGCGGUACAAGUUUAGCUUGGCUUUUGAGAACUCAAAUGAGGAGGACUAUGUAACUGAAAAGUUCUUCCAGUCUCUCGUUGCAGGAAGUGUUCCUGUGGUUGUUGGUGCACCAAAUAUCCAAGAUUUUGCUCCUUCUCUUAGUUCAGUUCUACAUAUUAGAGAGCUGGAGAAUGCUCAGUCAGUUGCCAAGACCAUGAAAUACCUUGCUGUAAAUGCUGAUGCAUACAAUCAAUCAUUAAGGUGGAAGUUUGAAGGCCCAUCUGAUUCUUUCAAGGCCCUUGUUGAUAUGGCAGCGGUCCACUCAUCUUGCCGUUUAUGUAUUUACCUAGCAACAGUGAUCCGUGAAAAAGAAGAAAAGAGCCCACGCUUUCUGAAACGCCCCUGCAAGUGUACCAGAGGCUCAGAAACUGUCUAUCAUGUAUAUGUAAGGGAAAGGGGGAGGUUUGAGAUGGAAUCCAUUUUCUUGAGGAACUCAAACUUGACACUGGAGGCCAUGGCAUCUGCUGUGCUCUUGAAGUUCAAGUCUCUGAAACAUACACCAAUCUGGAAACCAGAAAGACCCGAAAGCAUAAGAGGUGGAGACGACCUCAAAAUUCAUAGAAUCUAUCCCGUCAGCAAGACGCAGAGGGAAGGUCUGUACACCUUUAGAUUCGAAGGGGAUGCCAAAUUCAGAAGUCACAUUGAAAGGAACCCCUGUGCAAAAUUCGAAGUCAUUUUCGUUUAGCUCAUCUUAUUGGCUUGACAAGAUCGACUCGAUGACCUUUCAGCAUUUCUCCCCCCCCCCCCUCCCCCUAAUUUUUUUUGUAAAGGUCACACAACACGACACUUGCGACGCGACGCAGUCUUCUAUUGGUCUCAACCCUCCUUGUAGACAUUUUUUCGGGGAUCUGCAGCUUACAGUCUCCAAAGGCUGUUUGUUUGUUUGUUUUGGCUAACCAACUGCAAAUCCUUUUAUGGGGAGAAACUUCACUUUGGAGCCUAAACCUUUACACAGAUGACUGCAACUCCUUUGUCUCUCUCUCUCUUUCUCUCUCUUAUCUCUCUCUUGUUUGGUCUGUUUAAAUGCAAUUAAUUGCUUAUUUACUCUUCAGAUCAGAAGCAAUUAACAGUUAAUGCCUGAAACUGUACUAAUUUCUUGUAUUAGAUUACGUACUUGUUUGGAUUUGUGAA